AUGGCCUUUUUAUCAGAACCUGCAAAAUCAAAACUUUACGUUUCUUCUUCUUCCACCGCCUCUCCAAAGUCACGACAUGUACAAAUCAUUGAGGACCAUCCUUUUAACCAUCGCCUUGAGCUUCUAUUUCCAACUCUUUUAUCGUCUCAGCAGGAAGCCAAAUUUUUAAAAGAGACUUUUUAUUAUAAAGCCGAUAUUCCUUUGUCUUACUUUAUCGAACGUUCUUUUAUACAAGAUUAUUUACAAAGAGGACGUGUUGUUGCCCAAAGUUUGGGUGAAGGCAUUGAUGUAUCAAAUGUUAUCGCGCUUGAUGGAUAUGGGACCCUCAUUCUAAAUUUAACUAAAGAUACUUAUGAGCAACUUGGAUUACCCGGGAAACCUGCCAAGUUUGGACCAGAUAGGCAAAGAUUUGUCGUACAGAUUAAUUUACUUGAAAAAUCAAUGAUUCCCGGAAAGAAGGGCUUCGAACGUAUUAAAUGGUGUUUUAAUAAUACAUUGAGCGAUCCAUUUCCAUUUCUUAUUUCUUAUGUAGAUUCUGUAACUCAGGAAACACAGAAGAUAACAUUUCCGCCAACAUUUAAUGCCAAGAAAUUUACGGUUGAAUUGAAAUUUGAGAAGUUGAAUAAUAUCAUUUUCCCAGACAUGAAAGCCAUAAAAACCGCAUCCAAUGAAGAUCAAUGGAGGUCUGAUAUUGUAGAGGUUUACAAUUGGUUCGGAAUGGCCUCACUUCGAGCGCAAAGCGACCAAUUUAGAAAUUCAAAUAUUCCUUGGGCUGUUUUAAGCGUUUGGGGUUUUAAAGAUUCACCAAUAUCAUGGAAUAGACAUGAACAUGGUCAUUUUACAAGCGGAGAAAAUAAUUAUAGUUUUUUAUUAUGGCCAGAUGAUGAAUAUGUUUUAUAUCAAGCACUUGGGUCUUAUGAUAGCUAUUCAUAG